UACAAUAGCGAUAAAACUGCAUGCUUGGGAUAUAAUAAUUAGCUCGGAAAUUAACAAAAUAUGAUGCACCUUAAAUUAUUCAUCCUACUACUUUUGGCAUUAGUAUCUGCGCAUGCUAAGAAUUCAAGGCUUGGUAAUUUUCAAAAUAGGGAACAAUUGGACAGUCAAGGAAAAGUUUUUCUGGGAUGGGAAUUUGAUUUGGAAACCAAUCUGAUAACUUUUGAGAUGGAAGUGGAAACGACGGGAUGGGUGGGAUUGGGAAUUUCUCCGUCGGGAAGUAUGGUCGGUGCGGACAUCUUCAUCGCUGGCGUGAACCCAGACCUUUCCACGUAUUCAAAUGAUUAUUACGCCAAAGAAUUUUCCCAACCAAAGAUUGAUGCCCACCUCGAUUGGACCGUGAUUCAAGGGGUGGAAGAAGGUGGCAAAACUGUGAUUAAAUUUUCUAGGCCUAUUAAUUCCUGUGACGAUGAGGAUUACCCAAUUGGGGAUGACACGACCCGACUAAUUUGGGCGUAUGGGGAUACCGACGAGAUAAAAUAUCACACUCCUGAUCGGAGGGGGACAAAAUCUGUCAAGCUUAUCGGUCCUCCAACUCCAGAACUGGAAUUAAACGGAUUGGACAAGUUUGAAAUGGUUCUCAACAUGGAAAUGCCACCAUUUGAGACAACUUAUUGGUGCAGUUACUACAAAGCGCCCACCCUUCUCAGCAAACAUCACGUUGUCGCGUUUGACGCGUUACUUGACGGUCUCGCUUCCAUUAAACACACGCAUCACUUUAUCGUAUCGACGUGCUUCGUUUCCUCCGACUCGACUGAAACGUUGGACGACGUGUUAGGGAAUUACACCGUGGAAUCUGGAUAUCUUGGAGGUCAUUGCUGGGACCCUGAACCUGCCGUUCCACGACCACGUGUCCGCUGUGACCAGGAACUGUUCGUUUGGGCAAAAGGAGGAAAGAUGAUGACGUUUCCAAAAAAUGUUGGAUAUCCGAUCGGCAAUUCUCCAGCAGAGUAUUACAUGAUCCAAAUGCACUUCGAUAAUCCAUCGACUCUAACGGGAGUCGCGGUGCGAAGCGGAGUCACCGUUUAUUUCACGAACGAAACAAAGGAGCAGGACGCCGGUUUACUAGCUGUACUGCAUACGACUUCUCCUAUAAUCUCGGUUCCCCCCAAUGCGGAGGAUUAUGUUGUUGUCGGUCACUGCGGACCUUCAUGCACUUCCUGGGGCAUUGCUGAGGUGGAUGGGGUUACCAUUUUUAAUAUUGGUUUCCACUCGCAUAUUUCAGGCAGGAAAUUUAAACUUCGUCAUUUCCGAGGAAACCAAGAACUUCCUUGGAUCGAUUACGACGACCAUUAUGAUUUCGACUUUCAAACCAGCCAUCCCAUCAAGCCGGUCAAACUCAUGCCGGGUGACCAGCUGACCACGGAAUGCACCUACAAUACGAAAUGGAAUGAGGGAAAGGUCGUGGUUGGCGGGCAGUCGACACGUAAUGAAAUGUGCAUCACUUACAUUUGGUAUUACCCGAAACAAGAGAUGGACAUGUGCGAAUCCAUGUACCCAGCAUUAUUGCACGGUUUUGACUUUGGGAUCACUCGUUAUCACAUUGAGGAAGAUGCUGUGACGGGACCUUUAUUUUACAUUGAUGACCCCGCCUACAUGAGGGGACCUUAUCACGAAACCAUCAACAAUUUUAAGAACUGGACAGAUAAAUUCGUCGUAGAUUAUCAACGCCAACAUCGUUUUGGGCGGCAUUCAGGUGGGUGUGAGAAACGGGUCAAGAACGAAUAUCUCGAGCAGUUUGCCAGUUAUCCCGCCCAGUACGAGGUAUUUGUUCCGGAUGAUGCUUGUUCUUCUCGGAGGGCGGAGGGAACCCGAAAAUUUGAUUUUUCCGGCAUUCUUCAAACUCUAAUUAUUUGCUGGAUUACAUUAGUGCUUGCUCAAUUUUCUUAAAUUAUACCGAAAAUUGCACCAGCUUUUCUUAUAUAUAUGGAAUAAAAUUGAAAUGAUUUAAAGUUAUAUACGGA